UCUCGUUACACGCAAUGACCGACACACAGGAAUCGGUAGUUAGAAAUCAGGCUGUGAAUGAUCAUAAAUUUGGAUUUCUGAACAAGUUUACUCCUAGCGAAUGGCUUGUUUUACUGACCAGUGCUACGUUUACCGUAAUAGCUGUUGUGUGGGCUGCGUAUCACUCGAACACGAUUUGCACUUGUGAAGACCUCAGGGACGCUAUGAAAUCGUUGGAGAAAAAGCUUGAAAAGGGCGGAGAAGAUUUCAGAGCCCGAACCAGCGAGGCCAUUAGAUACUUUGAAGCAUCGUUUAAGGAAAAUUGUGGUGAAGGUGAACGAAAGGGAGAGAGGGAGCUCGAUCCUCCUGCAGAUUUGAUCUUUGAUUCGUGUAAAGAGAUCUUCGACAGUAAAAGGGCCUACGGAGACAAAGCCUUCCCACUGCAUGUCGGAGGCAAACAAAUUCCCGUUUACUGUCAGAUGACUCCACUUGAAGGCUGCGGAGGAGGUGGAUGGACAAUGGUCAUGAAAAUAGACGGAGCAAAGGAAAACUUCAAUUAUGAUUCUGCUCUGUGGACCGACCGGAAAUCGUUCAACACUCAGGGUGGGGAGACUGGGUUUGACAGACGCGAAACGAAACUACCAACUUACUGGAAAACACCCUUUUCUAAGAUUUGUGUCGGUAUGAAGGUUGGAAAUGACCAAAUAAAUUUCCAGGUCAUCGACCAACUCGCGACCUCUCUCCACUCACUGAUUGCCGAUGGCCAAUAUCGCGCUACCUCACUGGGACGUGAAAAGUGGAAGAAUCUGAUUGGCUCCGAGGCCUCCUUACAGUACAACUGUAACAAGGAAGGGUUCAAUGCUAAACCCGAUCCCGGCGGUUUUGACUACUCGGACGCUUCAAAGGCAAGGAUUGGUAUCAUUGGUAACAACGAGAUAGAUUGCUACUCUCCUGAAUCCAGGAUUGGAUUUGGCACUGCAGGAUAUGUUGACAAAAAGCAGUCCUGCGGGAAUGUAGGGCGAAACGGUGCUGACAAUGGAGACAAGAAUAUUCCAGUCAUGGGGUACAUCUUGGUUCAAUAAGGUCUGCGCAAACGCAGAAAAGUGUUUGGUUUUUUUUCUUUUUUUCAGUACCAAUUCGAGCGAGAUCGUGAUAGACGAGUUCAUUAUGUAGAUGAAUUUUGACAGCUGCUGCCAGCGUUUCGUUAUUGAAUCGAAGUAAACAUCUUAAAAUAUACAAAGUAAAGGCUUGGUUUUGUUAGAUUAUUAUAUUCAAUUCUAUGAAUAAAAUAUCAACACCUUGAAAUAUACUCUCUCAUAAUUAGCACCUUUCGAAACCGUUGUUGACAGUUGUUGGUAGCGUUUUGUUAUUAAAAAUCGGAGUAAAGAUCUGAAAUAUACAAAGUAAAGGCUUGGUUUUGUUACAUCAAUAUCUUCAGUUCUCUGAAUAAACACAUCGACACCUUGAAAUAUACUCUCUCGUAAUUAGCACCUAAAGAUUUCACAAGAAGUAGGAAAACUGAAAACUGCAGAUUCACCGGUAAAGGUAAAGAAUCAGAUCCCACCGACGCGUCG